CUCCCAGGAAUAACAGAGGGCAAGACAUUCAAGGUUGAGCAACUUGAAAUGAAGUGAAAUGACUCUGACCCCUGUCAUUCUUCCCACCAUUAAAAAUCCUUCAUGUUCUUGGCAGUUGAGGGAUUGCAACAUCCCUGUUCAAACUGAGAGUUUAAUCUUCUUAUUCAAAUAGAACUUGCCCUGCUUCUUGCCUUGCAGACAAACUAGGAUCUGGGCACUGCUGAAGAAAUUUCCAAGAAGGAUUGUCCAUAAUUUUAGAGAAAAUGAGUGAAUACAAGACAAUUGUUCUUUUAAAAGGAAUGAAGUUCAUAGAUGAUAACCAUUUUAGGACAAUCAAGUCCUUACUAAGAAAAAAACUAAAUCUAACGAAAGAGAUGCAAGAGGAUUAUGACAGAUUUCAAAUAGCUGACCUGAUGGAAGACAAAUUCCCAAAUGAUGCUGGACUGGACACACUGAUUGAAGUUUGUCAAAGCAUUGAAGAACUUAAAGGCCUUGCGAAAAACCUGAAAACAGAGAAGGCAAAAGUUAAAAGUCAAAAGAAAGAAAAAAAUAAAACUGCAGGAAAGCAAGAUGAACCCAGUAGUUCCAAAUCUCUUCCUACUGGUGUUGAAUCCAACAAAAAUAAAGCCUCUUCAAAGAAAAAGAGAAAAACACCCACAAAAACUGAAGGUGGCAAUAAAAAGAAGCUCACCCAGGAGACAACUCAACUUCCAGAACCUUCACAAGGCAGCACACAAACAGAUCAAGGAUGUCUCCAGACUCCUCAAAAGCCUCCACCAACACCAUCCAGCAGUUCCACAAACAAGAGAAAGCAAAAAACACCCAUAAAAACUGAAGGUGGCAAGAAAAGGAAGCUCACCCAGGAGCCGACUCAGCCUCUAGCACCUUCAGGAAGCAACACACAAAAAGAUGACAGGUGCCUCCAGACUCCUCUAAAGCCUCCACCAACACCAUCCAUUCAUUCCUCAAAUAAGAAACUAGGGAGGAGAAACAUACCAAAGGAGCCUUCUAAGGAACAAGGACAUCAGCAUGGACCCAAAGAAGUGAUGGUUUUGAAAGUAACAGAACCAUUUACUUAUGAUUUGAUUGACAACAAAAUGAUGUUCCAUGCCACCGUGGCUACUGAGACUGAAUUCUUCAGAGUGAAGGUUUUUAACACAGCCCUAAAGGACAAGUUUUUUCCAAAAAAUAUCAUUGCAAUAUCUGAUUAUUUUGGCACCAAUGGAUUUCUGGAGAUACACAGCACUACCUCUGUGUCUGAUGUGAAUGUUAACCAAAUGAUGGUUAUCUCAAAUGCACUGAAGCAAAGAGCCAGUGCAACCCCUAAAAUCAAGGAUCUUUUCUCACUACCAAAAGGGACAUAUAUGAACGGAGAGUUUGUGGUAAUUAAGAAAACUGAGAGGAAUAACUUCAUUUACUAUGGUAUAGAAGAUGAUACCGGGAAAAUGGAAGUGGUCGUCUAUGGACGACUGACCAGUAUCAAGUGUGAGCCAGGCAAUAAACUUCGACUUGUCUGCUUUGAAUUGUCCUCAAGUGAAGACACAUGGCAGCUGAAGUCUGUAAGGCACAGUUACAUGCAGGUCAUCAAUGUCAGAAGGAAAGUCUGUCAACACUGAUGCAGUUAUGAAAAGCUCCCUAGAACCAUACUCCUGAAAACCUGGAUGCGAAGGAUAAUGUUAGCAGAUGUAAGAUUCAAGUCCAAAAUGUAAAUGUACAUAUUACCUUUGAAAUACAUACCUAUUAAAGCCAGCUCUUUGUUUGUUU